AUGCCUAGAUCAAAACGUUCCAAGCUUGUGACUUUAGCACAAAUCGACAAGAAGACCAGGGAAAACAAGACUCGUAUCUUUGACGAAGUUAGAUCUGCCCUCGAUGAGUUCAAAUACGUUUGGGUUUUAAAAUUAGAUGAUGUUCGUACUCCAGUUUUACAAGACAUUAGAUCCGAUUGGACUGGAUCAAAAUUGAUUUUGGGUAAGAGAAGAGUUUUAGAAAAAGCAUUAGGUGAUAGUCCAGAAGAUGAAUAUAAAGAUAAUUUACAUAAAUUAUCAAAACUUACUACUGGAGUUUGUGGGUUAUUAUUAACUAAUGAAACUGUUGAAACUGUUCAAGCUUAUUUUUCAGCUUAUACCAAACAAGAUUACUCCAGAGCCAAGUCCAAGGCUCCAAUUGAUUUCACUAUCCCAGAGGGAAUUGUUUAUUCAAGAGGUGGUCAAAUUCCAUACGAAGAAGAUGUACCAAUGUCCCACUCUUUAGAAGAAACUUUGAGAAAUAAAUUGAAAAUUCCAACUAGGAUUAAAGCAGGUAAGAUCACUAUUAGUGAACCAUACGUUGUUUGUACCAAAGGUGACACUUUAGAUGUUAGACAAGCUUUAAUAUUAAAACAAUUUGGUAUUGCCGCUUCUGAAUUUAAAGUUCCAACCCUUGCUUACUAUGAUAACGAAACUACUGAAGUCACCAAGCUUGAUUAA